AUGUUCAAUUCGAGCACAAAGAUCAUGAAGCCCAAUAGCGAGAAGCCGGACGACUUGGAGUCUGGCAUCUCCCAGGCUCUCCUUGAGUUGGAGAUGAACUCUGACCUCAAAGCCCAGCUGAGGGAGCUGAAUAUCACGGCUGCCAAGGAAACUGAAGUUGGCGGUGGUCAGAAAGCUAUUACCAUCUUUGUUCCCGUUCCUCAGCUGAAAUCUUUCCAGAAAAUCCAAGUCCGGCUAGUCCUUGAAUUGGAGAAAAAGUUCAGUGGGAAGCAUGUUGUUUUUAUUGCUCAGAGGAGAAUUCUGCCUAAGCCAACUCAAAAAAGCCGUACAAAAAAUAAGCAAAUGCAUCCCAGGAGACACACUUUGACAGCCGUGCAUGAUGCGAUCCUGGAGGACUUGGUUUUCCCAAGUGAAAUUGUGGGCGAGAGAUUCUUUGUGAAACUGGAUGGCAGCCGUCUGAUCAAGGUUCAUUUGGAUAAAGCACAGCAGAACAACGUGGAACACAAGGUUGAAACUUUUUCUGCACAGCUGGCCGCAAAAACAUCGGCUGGUCGCAGCAGGAUCCCUAGGGCUCAGCUGCCCACCCUUAUCCAGGAGGAGCCUGUCCUUUUGCUGGCUCUGCUAUACAUUCACCUGGAGCUCCUGGUGGAUCCCACUUCCCUGCAGCUCCCAGCCGCCCCUUCACGGAAGAGAGAGCGGGAAUUUAAGAGCCAGAAUUAA